GGUCCAGGCCGCGCAGCAGCUCCAAUGGCGUGGCCUGGCAACGGCCCUGAGUGCCAAUCUCACUGUUCUCAUGGUCACCAUGGAACACAUAUACACCAAGGAUCACAUACGCACCAAGGAUCUCCCCAUGAGCAGUACAGCAAAAUAAGCCAACCUGCACCUUCUCCAGCAAUACAGACUGACAUUGCUUUUAUAGAAGACCAUAACAACUGGGAUAUUGUGAAAGCAACACAAUACGGAAUAUUUGAUAGGUGUAAAGAGCUGGUAGAAGCUGGUUAUGAUGUCCGAAAACCCGACAAAGAGAAUGUGACACUGCUUCACUGGGCAGCAAUCAACAAUCGCGUAGAACUUGUCAAGUACUACAUUUCAAAAGGUGCCAUUGUGGAUCAACUGGGAGGAGAUUUAAAUGCAACUCCUCUUCACUGGGCUACCAGGCAUGGACACUUAUCUAUGGUUGUGACACUGAUGAAAUAUGGAGCAGAUCCCUCUCUGGUUGAUAGGGAAGGAUUCACUUGUCUUCACCUUGCAGUUCAAUUCCAGCAUAUGUCUAUCAUAGCAUACAUUGUGGCUAAAGGUCAGGAUGUAGAUGCACUUGAUAUGAAUGGUCAGACACCUCUAAUUUUAGCAACACGCAAAAUAAUCGGCCCUGAACCAACAAGGUUUCUUACAAAAUUAAAUGCUUCAAUCAACAUUGCAGACAAAGUACAACAAAACACACCGCUCCACUGGGCUGUGAUGUCUGGAAAUGUAGCAGCAGCAGUUGUCCUGCUUGAUGCUGGGGCUAAUGUGGAAGCUGAAAAUGCAAUGGGAGAAACUCCUCUUACUAUGGCUCAUCAGAACCGAUAUCCCUGGUUAAUCCAACGCCUAACUGAAGCAAAUCUUGCCAAAAGCAGAAGCCAUUUUAUGAUGAAAUUGUUCAAGAGUUUUAAGAAAUAUGAGCUUUUCCUGUUGCUGUUGGUGUCAGUGGCAAUGAUAUGGGUAACUGGAUACAUAGCUGACUUAGACUCUGACUCGUGGCUUCUCAAAGGCAUCUUAUUUAUCUUUACUUGGACCAUCAUUCAUCUUCUAUCAAGGCAAUUUUUGACUUUGGAGUCAUUAGUCCACAUUCCAGUGAUGUUUCUGUUGGGGUCAUUUUUCUGGAUGCUCAGUACAUGGUUCAUCCAGUUCCUGCCUGAUCUACCUGAAUUGAGUGUUCAGAUUGCAUUUGCCCUCAGUGUUGCAGGCUGCAGCUAUUAUUUCUAUAAAACCUUCACAGCAGGCCCAGGAUACCUCCAGUCUUCAGAGGAGGACAAGAAAAGGACUGUUGUAACUCUUGCAGAAGCUGGCUGCUUGGAUCCAAGACUCUUCUGCACUAUGUGUCUUAUCCAAAAACCUCUCCGAUCUAAACACUGUGUUAUUUGUGAUUGCUGUGUAGCCAGAUUCGAUCACCACUCCAUAUGGGUAGGAUGUUGUGUAGGAGCUGGUAAUCACCGUUACUUUGUUAGUUUCUUGCUUUUCCUCUUCACAACAAUUAUCUGGAUGACAUAUGGACACAUGACAUACUGGUCCACACAUUGUGCAACAACCUACCAGCAGAACGGCCUGUGGACAUUAAUGACAGAAAUUGUUUCCUGCUCUGCUUGGCUAGUUUGGAUCUUUCUACUUGUAUUGUUUCACGCUUCCUGGGUGAUUUUCAUGUUGAUAAACCAGCUCUAUCAGAUUUUGUAUUUGGGGGUGACAAGCAGUGAGAGGAUGAGUCUGGUGAAGCAUUCACAUGCUGGACAUUCUCUUGGGAUUCGGCAGAACCCAUUCAAUCGUGGCUGUUUCCAGAAUCUGGUAGACUUCUUCCAGUGUCGUUGCUUAGGACUGUUUAAGCCAAAUAAGAUCGACUGGACUCAACAGUACAAUGUGGGUUUUGAACAGCCAAAAGCAAAUGGAUUUGAGUUUGUAUGAACAGUGCUAUGAUCCACCAGCAAAUACAGUCUAUUGAUGUAUAUAUUGUUUCUAUUCCGUGUAUUGUUUCUGGCUAACAAUAAAACUAGAACAAGUUUUUUAUUUACUGUAAAACAACUUGGAUUUUGUUGGCACCCUUCGCAUAGGAUAGCAUCUCGGAACAAGUGAAGAAUUUUAAAGAAUGUGAGAUUGCAAUCAUUUGGUUUGUAAACUUCUUGAAGGUUUCGGUUAUGCAAUUCGUUAAAUCUGUAUUGCAAGGUAUUUGAAAGGAGAACAUUUAUAUAUUCAUGUCAGAUUACACAUAUUCAUUCCAUUGUUAAAUCAGAAUACUGUGGUACGAUAAAAUAGUUAAUUUUGUUCUUGAAUGUUUUAUUCUACAAAUGUUAUUAGAACUUUUCAGGAAGGAUUUAAUUGCUUUCUUUAAUUUCAAACGCUUUCUAAUGUUUAUCAUCAUCAUUUUCAUUAUUAUUACCUGUGAUCAUUUAAACUUGACAUCUGCAUGCUUCUGCCCCUUGAUGAAUAUUUAUUUUUUCUAAGAACAAACUGUUUAAAUUAUAAUUACCUUUAUGACCACCAUGGGAACCAGCACACUUUUUGCUCACCUGAGAGAAAUUUGGGAUUUGUAAAUGCGAGGGGGAGAGGGAAUCCCCAUUAUGUGUUCAGAAUGAAGAGUUAAUGCACAUGAAUGAACAGGAUACGUUAGAGGUUAUAAAUACUGUUUAUAACUGCACUACAAUUGUUGCUGAUAUGAGUUUUAUGCUGCUGAACAGAGUGUGGAGUGGUUAGGUGAACUGGUUUGUAUUCUAAUCACUUUCUGGGGAUUAAAAAGAACUUAGUGCAACUGAGCAUAUGCACAAAAUAUCACCAACUUGCACCCAGUGCUGAUGAUAUUUUUAAUGUUAUUGAAGACCUGGGAUGCCAUAAGUUCUUUAAUUGCUAAAAGUUAAGAGUGACCUGGACUUUGAAGCCUUGUAUUUUGAGGUUUUGAUGUUUUUGUGUAUAACUGCAAUCCAAACCUGAUUUAUAUUACAGCAAAUUUGAUUCCUCAAGUGAUUACUGAAUCCAAUGUUCAGAAUCCAAUGAAUGCCAAUAAAAUCGAUUUUAUGCAGCACAUUUAGUGUCAAUUUGAUGUGAAUGAUUCAAUAAACUAGUUCAAAAUUGUUGUGAGCACCUAUACAGACUGUUAGGCUAAUAAAUUGUGGGGCACAUUGGCUUUAGAAAAAGGUUCAGAUCCCAUGCUGUUAGGGGGAACACCAGUGAAUAUAAAUUCUAAGGUCCAGUACUCAAAUAAAAAUUGGAUAAGAACAAACUUAUUUGAAUUCAGUACUUUAUUAUUAAUAAUAAUCCCUGCAUUUGAUUAUAGCACCCUAUCGCAGCAAUGUCAAAAUGCUUCACAGCGUAUUCUGUAAAGUGUAGUGACCAUAUAUUUGUAGGUGAGCUUCAUUGCGUAGUUUAAAAGAUCUGAAUAGGUUGAAUAUCUAAAAUAAAAUCUAGCCCUAAAACAGUGUUUUAAUUACACAGAGCACUCGAUUGUGUUGGUGGAAAAAUGCUUUGUUUAAUUGAGCCUGAUGUAUUGAUGUAGUGGAGGUAAUACCUUCAAUACAAUUAAUUAAUCUCCUCCAGAACAAACCUCUGCUUUGUUAAUGAAUGCACUUCAUAAUGGAAGUGCUCAACAACUCUGAUAUUUGAUUAAAUGCCCUUCAUUUCAUGAUGGUAGUGUGCUUUUAAAGAUGCUUCAAGUAGGAAACUAACCGCAAGAUUUCUUUUUAAGUUUUAUAUUCAAUGUUAAUAAAACGCACUCGGUGCUUUUGCAGCUUCCAGAUGUUUUUUUUUUCUGGGUUUCUUACAUUUCUAUAAAUUUGCAAUGAAUAAAAAAUAUUAAAUAUUAACAGUAGAACGUUUUAUUGUUCACUAUGUCGAAAUACAAUUCCUUUCAAAGUCUUUGUGCAAAAAUGCAAUGACAUCCUUUAAAAGUGUAUUUUUAUAUGAAAUCAUUGUUAAUCCUGAACUGUCAAUAAAAUAUAUUACAUUUUAGUCU